AUGGGUACUAGGAACUGGACAGAAGUAACUGAAUUCCUCCUCUUGGGACUGUCUAGCCAUCCAGAGAUGCAGCCAAUCAUCUUUGGAGUUAUCCUUUCCAUGUACGUGGUGGCAGUGACAGGUAACACCAUGUUAAUCAUUGUUACUUGUACAGACCCCAAACUGCAGGCACCUAUGUACUUUCUGCUCAGCCAGCUCUCCUUCAUUGACAUCUUAUUGACCACAAUUAUUGUCCCCCAGAUGCUAGUGCACAUGGUAACAGGAUUCCAGACAAUUCCCUUCAAGAAUUGUAUAACCCAGCUUUUCUUCUUUAUGGCAAUAGGAAGCAUGGAGGGUCACCUGUUGGCUGCUAUGGCAUAUGAUCGCUAUGUGGCCAUCUGUAAACCCCUGCGCUAUUCUGCUGUUGUCACCCGCAGCCUCUGCCUCCGCAUCACCUUGACCUCAUGGGUGGUGGUCAGCCUCAACAGUCUCCUCUACAGUGUGCUGGUUGCCCAACUGACUUUCUGUGGCAAUCAGGUCACGCAUUUUUUCUGUGACAUCACACCAUUGCUCAAGCUGUCUUGCACUCGACCUGUGGUCAAUGAGAUGUUGAUCUUCACUGAAGGUGCAGCCAUUGUUAUAAGCCCCUUUUUCUUUAUCUUGGCCUCCUAUAUCCAAAUUGGGGCUGCCAUAGCCCACCUACACUCAGCUGCAGCCUUGAAAAAGGCCAUGUCCACCUGUAGCUCCCACAUUCUGGUGGUGCUACUCCUAUAUGGCUCAGUGAUCCGCAUGUACCUCCGGCCAUCUUCCAGCUACAACCUGGACCAGGACAGACAGGUGGCCAUAUUCUAUACUGUGGUCACACCCAUGCUGAACCCAAUGAUCUACAGUUUAAGGAACCAGGAGGUGAAGGAUGCUCUAUGGAGGCUCUGGAAGAAGAUUCAAUAUGUUUGCCCCUCCAGAGACUUCCAACCUGCCCUCCAAUCAGGAGAAACCCAGCAUCAGAUCUCCUGA